UCAAGUUACUUGUGUAUUGCGAGUUUGUGUAACAUUUAAUUGUGCUUUUGUUAAGAUAAGGUGUUUCUGAAUUGAAUUGUUGACUUCCUCUACUGAGGCUUCAAAUAAAUGUCUUCACCACAUGUACAGCAACAGCUUCCCCCCCCUUCAGACUUUGUUUUCAAAGCACUGCUCAUUGCAGCUGGUCUCAGCAGGUGAAUUUAGUCAAACCAAGAAGAUUGAAAACGUGGUUUGUCAUUUCUAACGAGAAACUGCGUUGGCGUCUUCCAGUCCGGCUGACAUCUAAGUUGUUCUUAGCUGACGUCUAAGAACAGACGGCACCACUGACAGCCUUAAAACAAAGUUAAUAGAGUCUAUCAAGUCCACAAAGUCUUGGAUCAGGAGAUUCUCGGGAUCAAACGCAAUUAAAAUCUGAUCAGAUCGUGAUCCAGAAUCACCAGCUCUUUGUUUCUUCUGUGAUCCAGCGGAGUGUCUAUGUUUAGAUAUAAAAGUAGAAUACAGUAGAGUAUUUGAUAUAACCAGAGGAAGCCACUCCAACAUCUCAUUUACAUUUCUGUUUUUGCUUUUGCUUUUGUUUCUUCUUUAUUUUAAUUCGUAACUAGUUACUGAGAAGUAAAUGAAAGGAACCAUAUAGUUGCGUGGGGCGAAAGUGUCAAACUUGUUGAUAAAAUAUAAUUCAGUUCCGUGACAGAGGCUUCCCAGGUGAAUGUUCAGUCGCUCUUCUCAGACAGUAGCAAACAUUGUUUGGCAGGACAAAUGGACAAUACAAGCUGACAUCCUCUUUUACACAAGAAUGAAGGCUUACUGCUGCAGCUUGCCUCCACACGUCAGAAGCUUUUAAACAAAACGCUGACUGAGUGAAGAUUUAUUCGUCUGAAGAAUGAUGAGACUGAUUGCAGCUUUGUCUGAGAAUAUAGUGACAGCCAGCAUGUUACUGAGUGUCAUCUUUCUUCCAGGUGUCUUGGCAGUUUGUGGUAAUGUAAACCCAAGUUUCUCGAUUGCCACACCAAACCAGAAUGAGGCACUCAAUGGAUCUUGUCUGCAUGUCCCAUGUAGCUUUAAAGCACAACGUGAAUUUAAUAUACAAGGAAAUGCUCGUGGAGUGUGGAUUAAAAGUGACAAGAAUAUCUACGAGACCGCAGACGGAGUUAACAAAUACCCACUAGAAAUUACUGGAGACUUGAAUCAAUACAACUGCACCACCCUGUUUUCUGAUGUAAACACAAAUGUUCAGGGCUUGUACUUCUUAAGACUUUACAACGGUAACCUCAAGGCAACAGCGUGUGCUGAUCCUCUUUCGGUAAACGUCAGAGAUUAUCCUUGGAGUCCCAGCGUCAAUAUCUCUGCUGGUGACCUGAAGGAGCAUCAGUCUGUCACUGUAACCUGCUCAGCUUUCACUCCGUGUCCACAAUCACCUCCUGAACUCACCUGGAAUCUCCAACAAGACUCUCUCAGACAAACAGAGAAAAACACAGAUGGAACCUUUACAACUAAAAUCCAGGAGACCAUCACUCUGUCAGACACACAUGAUGGAUACAACAUCAGCUGUUCUGCCAAAUAUCCUGUGAUUGGAGGAAACAAGACAGCAGAGACAAAAGUGACUCUCAGUGUUUCAUAUGCUCCUAGAAACACCUCAGCAUCCAUCAGUCCAUCAGGUUUGGUGUCAGCAGGUAGCUGGGUGGAGCUGAGCUGCUCCAGCAGAGCCAAACCUCCACCCAGCUUCACCUGGUUCAGGAACAGCAAAGAUGGAGCCACUAACGUAUCUGUAGGACAGGUUUACAGCUUCAAUGCCUCUGAGGAAGGAGAGUUUCACUGCGUGGCUUCAAAUGACCUUGGUCAAACCAAUUCAUCUGUGAUCCUCCUUUUGAUUAAAGGGAAUUUAAAGUUUUUAAGUCCACUUCUUGCUUUGAUCGUUUUCCCUGUGCUCAUCUCCCUUCUGAUCUGUGUUUGGUGCUUUAAGUCCAAACGUUCAACUCCACAAAAGACUCAGAGUCAAACUGGUGAAGAGGUUCAUGCUGAAAAAGGAGCCAAUAAACCAGAAGAAGAACUCCAAUAUGUGGAUAUAAACUUCUUUAAGAGGACACCCGAAGCUCCUUCUGACUCAGUGCAGGAAAGCGGACAGCUGGAGACGGUGUACGCACAGGUCAAAGCGCCGGACGCAGGAAACAGAAAAUACUCUGUAGAUUGAUGAGAUACACACUUUGGAAAGUGUGUGUCAUGUUACAACUGGCCAUGGUAUCGACAAUCAAACAUGGGGGUGGUAGUGUGAGGAUUCGCAGCUGCUAUCUUUUUUUUAAGGAUUUUUUUUUAGCUGUAGUGGCCUUUGUUUUUGAGAGAGGGAGAAAACAUUCAACUACAUUCUAUCAUAUCUUAUACUUAACCAAAAGUCAUGUGUGGUUUGCCCUACAAGCAGAGUGCAGCGUCGUGACAGAAAGAGCAUGAUAAUCCCUCUGAUACGCAUUCGGUAAACGUUUCUCAAUUUUUGAAAGCGGAAA